ACACCCCCGGGAGGCCAGACCCGGGGCGUGGGCUGCGUUCCGUGACGCGCACGGCGUGGGCACGGGGUGGGUGGCCGCAGAGCGUGUCCGGCAGGAAUGGAGCCGGAGCGGCUGCAGGCGGCCCCAGUGAACUCAGCCUCUCCCUGGAUUCGAAGCCCACAGGCGUCACUACAUUGAACUUCCUGGCCACCUGGAGUGGGAGGGGCAGAGGAGGAACCGGGCCUGGGGGAGGGGCAGGCUGCAAACAGUGAUGGACUGAGUCCCCGGGCACCAGGCCCGCCCACACCGAGCUCUGCCCCGCGAGGACCUCGCACAGCCCGAACACGGGCGGGCAGUUUGCCUCCUGCCGGGUGCUGUGGGCGACGUGGGCCACGGGCAGCCUCGGGACAGCCUGCUAGUCCCACAGUCCAGCCUCCGUCCUCCCGCGACAGGCUUCUGUGUCCCGGGCCACGACUGUGGAGCCCCUCAGCUCCUUGGCAGGUUCAGAAUCUUGACCAAGGACUCCAGAGGAUGGAGGCCCCCCGGUGGUGGCUGCUGGUCCCUGCGCUCCUGGCUGUGGGCCAUUGCCUGGCCCUGGCCAACCAGGAGGAUUCUGGCCCCAUGGACCCCGGCCCCCCGGACGUCCCUCCCGGGCCGGCCCUGCCCUGCCACAAGCUCUCCGUGAGCAACAUAGACUUUGCCUUCGAACUCUACCGACAGCUGGCCUCAGAGGCCCCCGGAGAGAACGUCCUCUUCUCCCCCGUGAGCAUCUCCUGGGCCUUGGCCACGCUCUUCCUCGAAGCGCCCGCCGCCAGCAGGGCCCACCUCCUGGAGGGCCUGGGCUUCAACCUCACCCUGGUUUCCGAGGCCGAGAUCCAGGAGGGCUUCCGGGACCUGCUGCGCAGGCUCCCCGUGCAGGGCCCCCAGCUCCUCCUGACGCUGGGCCAGCGCAGGUUCAGCGGCCUGGGCCCGGGGGCUGCCCAGGACCCGGCGGGAGCCCAGCACAGCAUCCGGGAGUACGUAGAGAAGCAGACCCGGGGGCAGCUUGGCGCCUGGGUGGAGGGACUCAGCGAUGCCACCGCGGAGGUCCUGGUGAGUCACCUGCUCCUCAGAGCCGGGUGGGUGCGACCCUUUGACCCGAGAGCCACCAGCCUGAAGAAGUUCUUUGUGGACGAGCACAGGGCCGUGCAGGUGCCCAUGAUGCGGCAGAAGGCUCGCCACCGCUUCCUGCACGACCCCGAGCUGCAGUGCACGGUGCUGCAGAUGGAGCACGCCGCCGGCGCCACCACCUUCUUCGUCUUCCCCCAGCGGGGCGGGCUGCGGCAGCUGGAGGACGCCCUGCUUCCCGAGACGCUGAUCAAGUGGGACAGUCAGCUCAGGACCAGAGAACUCGAUUUCUACUUCCCCAAGUUCUCCAUUUCCAGCAGCGCCAGACUGGAGCUGCUGCUCCCAGGGGCGGCUGUGGGCGGAGGCCUCCCCGAGCCCGGACUGAACAUCUCGAAGGUUGCACACAAGGCUGCGAUGACUCUGGAUGAGGGGGGCACAGAGGUGGCUGCCGCCACCAGCAUCCAGCUCACGCCGGGGCCCCGCCCCGACCGCGACCUCCACGCCUCGCCCGCUCCAGACACGGAGUUCAACCGGCCCUUCCUGGUGAUGACCUUCCACACGGACACGGGGAGCAUGCUUCUCCUGGGGCGGGUUGUGAACCCGCUGGGGUGCUGCGCCGGGUGACCCCGAGAGCGGGCCGAGUCAGCAUCCGUGUGAAAGGCCACGGCCAGCGUGGCUGCCGGGUUCAAAGGCUCGGAGAAAGAGCUGCCGCACAAAUUAACACACAAGACAAGAAAUAAUGAUUUUGAAAUUAGGGGGGGAAGCCAGGGAAAACUCAGCUGUAUAGUCAAGUUCCUCUAAGUCUCUGUUCGGUCUGCUUUUAUUUACUAGCACACACAACUGUCUUUUAGGAAUGCAAACAGACAUAUCCAUGGUGAUCGUUUAGUGAACAGUAAGAUUGUCAGGUUGGGGGAGUUUGCUUUAGGCCAUUGAAUCGGCAGAAGGUAAUAAAAUGCAAAUACUCACCCUGUGAAUAUCAAAAGAGUCCAGGUCAGCUUUCUGAUGGACUGAUGGACGUCUCCCCGCAUUUAUAUUAAUUACUGUUGAUCUUGGUUUCCAGCACAUCAGGUCUUGUCAUGACAUGG